AUGGGCAAAAUGAGAAAGAAAAUCCGCAAACUCACAGAGGGCUGGACGACGCCUGAUGGAUCGCGGAAAAGGGUCCGAGAAGCAAAAGAGUCAAGCCCUCUUCCGGAUACCAUCACCUGUGCCCUCUGCGAGAGAGAUCUGCCACGCGCAAGAUUCAGCCAUUCGGCACUGCGACGCCUCACGUCUGAAAUCCGUCGGAAUGGAAUGGAUGUGUUGAACAACCAGCAGGUUGCUCGCUGCGAUGGUUGCGGUACUCAGUCGCGCCCCGAGCUUCAUUGCAUGUCUUGCAACGAGGUCCGACCAAUCGAUGAGUUCGCUUACACCCAGCGUCAAUAUGACCAGCCGGACAACUUGCAGCUCGACGAGCGAGACAAGGCUCCCGCUGGACAAAUCCCGCAGGAUGCGGCUAAACUGCUGUGGGAGGACGUCACUGCAGAGAAUAUCGAAUCCCCCGUCGCUGCUCCUGAGGCCAGCGAGAUGACUGAACAUGGGAUGUCGAAGGAGUCCAGUCCGGCAAAGCAAGAGGAGACACCGAAGCCGAUGAAGCCAUAUGACCAGAAGCUAGCAGAGGAGUGGAUGUACGGCCUCACCAUUGGAGACAUGUCCUUUGAUGAUCUUUUCGAAGAUGAUGAGGAUGAGGAUACGUGGACUGGUGCCAAUCAGUGGUGA